AAAGAAAAAAACACACACACUGCACAAAUACACACAUAAACUCAUUCUCUCUCUAAAAAAAUGUGUUUCUUCAUUUGAUUUAUUUCCCAAAUUUCUCUUUAUUUUCCUUUUAUUUUCCAUUAAAAAUCCUAUUUUUCUAACUCUACAAUGUGUGAUCUUUCUAUUUUGAUCAGUUUCUUGGACUGAAUUUUAGUAUUUUGAGAGUUUUUUUAAAGUAAAAAAAAUGCUGGAAACAGUGGAGAGUAGUACAGUGCAUGGAAAUAAUGGGUUUGUUUCUCAGUUACAAAGCUGUGGUGGGGAUAGUAGUGAAGAAGAAUUAUCUGUAUUGCCACGUCAUACUAAGGUUAUUGUGACUGGUAAUAAUAGGACUAAAAGUGUAUUAGUUGGUCUUCAAGGUGUUGUUAAGAAAGCUGUUGGUCUUGGUGGUUGGCAUUGGCUGGUUCUUACGAAUGGCAUAGAGGUGAAACUACAAAGGAAUGCUUUAAGUGUGAUUGAAGCUCCCACUGGUAAUGAGGAUGAUGAUGACCUUGAAUUCGAAAAUGUCCAGUGGAAUGGUUCAGAUAUGGCAUCCGAUGAUACUCAAAAAUCUCAUAGGUCAAGGCACCGCGUACAUAAACCGUAUGGGUCAUCUCACAAGGCCAUGAGCUGCUCCCUUUCAUGUGACUCACAGUCGAAAGGAUCUAUUUCUACCCAUCGUGGGUCCAUGAAGGUUGACCUAAGCAAACUCGAGAUGGCUGCACUAUGGAGAUAUUGGCGACACUUUAACCUUAGGGAAGCUAUACCUAACCCCUCUAAGGAGCAACUAAUUGAUGUUGUCCAAAGGCACUUCACAUCCCAGCAAUUGGAUGAGUUGCAGGUAAUUGUGGGAUUCGUCCAAGCUGCCAAGAGACUCAAGACAAUCUGCAAAUGACUCGGGGCCGCCCCUUCUGUCGUGCUUCUAACGCUAACAAAUAGUGGUACCUUUGUGUUCACUUGCUAUUGCAGUAAAACGUGUAGUAUAUGUAUACUCCUGUUUAUCCCUUAUGUCUUGCUCUUAGUCGUAGUUAUGUAGAUAAAUGAACUGCUGAACUAACUCUGGAGGUCUCCUUCUGGUUGGAUGUACUUCACAUGUAUAGUCUGAUGUGUGAAACUGUUAAUCAUCAUUCAACCAACUGAAUCUUGGUUUGGUUUUAAUGACCAAGCUGCUAUUGAGAUCAUUCAAACUUGGUCUUCCA